GGUAGCUGGAUCUUCCAAGACUGCUGAAGGAUGGCGAAUGCAGAAGAACUGAAUCGAUAGACUUUGAAUCAUACAGAAUUUUAUGCAGAGAAAAAAAUCUUCUAAUGGAAACAAAGCAAGAAGUAUUUGAAAUGGAUUUUACCACUGAAGGCCGACUGGGAACACGGUGUAUGCUGCUCUCGCUCCUGCUCCUCGCAGCCUGGGAGGCAGGGAGCGGCCAGCUUCAUUACUCCGUCCCAGAGGAGGCCAAACACGGCACCUUCGUGGGCCGCAUCGCGCAGGACCUGGGGCUGGAGCUGACGGAGCUGGUGCCCCGCCUGUUCAGGGUGGCGUCCAAGGACCGCGGGGACCUUCUGGAGGUAAAUCUGCAGAAUGGCAUUUUGUUUGUGAAUUCUCGGAUCGACCGGGAGGAGCUGUGCGGGCGGAGCGUGGAGUGUAGCAUCCACCUGGAGGUGAUCGUGGACAGGCCGCUGCAGGUUUUCCACGUGGAGGUGGAGGUGAGGGACAUUAAUGAUAACCCGCCUGUGUUCUCAGUAAAGGAGCAAAGAAUGUUAAUUUACGAAUCUAGGCUGCCAGAUUCUUUGUUUCCACUAGAGGGCGCAUCAGAUGCUGAUGUUGGAUUAAAUUCUAUGUUAACCUAUAAACUCAGUCCCAGCGAAUACUUUGGGCUAGAUGUGAAAUCAAACAGCGAUGGCAACAAACAAAUUAGACUCUUGUUGAAAAAAUCCUUGGACAGAGAGGAUGCUCCUGAGCAUAAGCUACUGCUGACAGCCACGGAUGGAGGCAAACCUGAGCUCACAGGCUCUGUUCAGCUGCUGGUCACUGUGCUGGAUGUGAAUGAUAACGCCCCUACUUUCCAGCACCCUGAGUAUGAAGUGAGAAUCUUGGAAAACUCAGACAACGGAACGACAGUUAUUAGACUGAAUGCUUCUGACAAGGAUGAAGGGACGAAUUCAGCAAUUUCGUACUCUUUUAAUAGACUGGUGCCGCCCAAGACUCUUGAGCAGUUUAGCAUAGAUGCAGAUACAGGAGAAAUCAUAACUCAAGGAAAUUUGGACUUUGAGCAAGUAGAUGUCUACAAAAUCCACGUUGAUGCGACGGACAAAGGACACCCUCCGAUGGUGGGCCAUUGCACUGUUUUAGUGAAGGUAUUGGAUGAGAACGACAAUGUGCCUCAGAUCACUUUGACUUCCUUAUCCCUGCCUGUUCGAGAGGACGCUGCACUGAGUACUGUCAUUGCUCUAAUUAGCGUUUCGGAUCUGGACUCUGGAUCCAACGGGCAGGUGACCUGCUCCCUGAGUCCUCAUGUCCCCUUCAAGUUGGUGUCCACCUUCAAGAAUUACUAUUCGCUUGUGUUGGACAGCGCCCUGGACCGAGAGACCACAGCUGACUAUCAGGUGGUGGUGACAGCGCGGGACGGGGGUUCUCCUUCUUUGUGGACCACGGCUAGCGUGUCUGUGGAGGUGGCCGAUGUGAACGACAAUGCGCCUUCAUUUGCGCAGCCUGAUUACACGGUGUUCGUGAAGGAGAACAACCCUCCUGGAGCGCACAUCUUCACAGUAUCGGCGAUGGACGCGGAUGCGCAGGAGAACGCGCUGGUGUCCUACUCGCUGGUGGAGCGGAGGGUGGGCGAGCGCUUGCUGUCGAGCUAUGUGUCUGUGCACGCGGAAAGCGGCAAGGUGUUCGCUCUGCAGCCUCUGGACCAUGAGGAGCUGGAACUGCUGCAGUUCCAGGUGAGCGCGCGGGAUGCUGGUGUGCCUGCCCUGGGCAGCAAUGUGACUCUGCAGGUGUUUGUGCUGGAUGAGAACGACAAUGCGCCCACGCUGCUUGGACCUUGGACACCAGGAUCUGGUGGUGUAGUGAGCGAACUUGUGUCACCUUCAGUGGGUGCUGGCCAGGUGGUCACAAAGGUGCGUGCAGUAGAUGCGGAUUCUGGCUAUAAUGCCUGGCUGUCUUAUGAGCUGCAUCCUUUAGCAGGUGGAACGCGGAGUCUGUUUAGGGUAGGUCUGUACACGGGCGAGAUCAGUACCACGCGUGCCCUUGAGGAGGCAGAUGCACCACGCCAUCGCCUAUUAGUGCUGGUGAAGGACCACGGGGAGCCAGCGCUGAUUGCCACAGCCACUGUGUUAGUGUCUCUGGUUGAGAACAGCCAGACUCCAAAAGCCUCUUCGCGAGCGCAAGGUGCCACUGGCCAGGAAGUUUCGUUAGUGAAUGUCAACGUGUACCUGAUCAUUGCCAUCUGUGCGGUGUCCAGCCUACUAGUUCUAACCCUCAUGGUAUACACCGCACUGCGGUGCUCAGUUCCACCUACAGAGGGUGUGUGCGGGGCAGGGAAGCCUGUGCUGGUGUGCUCUAGUGCGGUAGGGAGCUGGUCCUACUCACAGCAGAGGAGACAGAAGGUUUGUUCUGGAGAGGGACCACCCAAAACCGAUCUCAUGGCCUUCAGCCCGAGUCUUCCUCCUUGUCCGGUUGUGGGUGAGCAUCAGGAUUUGAACGACGAUCAUUGCUCAAGACCCCGGCAGCCCAACCCUGACUGGCGCUACUCUGCCUCGCUAAGAGCAGGCAUGCACAGCUCUGUGCACCUGGAGGAGGCUGGCAUUCUACGGGCUGGUCCAGGAGGGCCUGAUCAGCAGUGGCCAACAGUAUCCAGUGCAACACCAGAACCUGAGGCAGGAGAGGUGUCCCCUCCGGUGGGCGCCGGUGUCAACAGCAACAGCUGGACCUUUAAAUACGGACCAGGCAACCCCAAACAGUCCGGUCCCGGUGAGUUGCCAGACAAAUUCAUUAUCCCAGGAUCUCCUGCAAUCAUCUCCAUCCGGCAGGAGCCUGCUAACAACCAAAUUGACAAAAGCGAUUUUAUAACCUUCGGCAAAAAGGAGGAGACCAAGAAAAAGAAGAAAAAGAAGAAGGGUAACAAGACCCAGGAGAAAAAAGAGAAAGGGAACAGCACGACGGACAACAGUGACCAGUGAGGCCACCAAAUGGAAACAAGCCACUUAGCCAGUUUUUGUAAUAAUGGCAAAUCUCUCCCAUGUAGCAACUCCCCGCUCCUUUCUCCUAUGACAUGAGCCCUCAGAAAUCUGCAGAAAGUUCCCUGUGUCUGUCUUGAUCGCAUUUAACAGGUUUUGUCUUAAAAAGCUUUCCUAAGUCUGGUGUUAACUCUCUCUCUCUCCACUCUGGCUUGUUUUCAGAACCUAAAAAGCAGACCCAGGUUUCCUUUCUCCCCCGCCGCAAAGGAGAAGCUUCCCAGCCCCGCCAGUGAGAGUUGGACUCUCUGCCCUGUGCUUCAAGCAUCCUGUCUUGAUGAUAUUUGCAGGGCAGGCUGAAAGGUAUUCAGGUUGAGCAGUUGGGUGUUUGUGGUCACUGGGUAUGUGUGGCUACCAAGAGUGUUGGAGAGCCUGGUAUUGGCUGGGAUGGUCCAGAUUAGACUAGUUAACACAAGGAGGGCUGGGGCUCAAAGGCACAUCAACACCGGGAGUCUUUCAUCUGGAGGGGGAAAAUGUGAAACUUACAAGGACCAGACUUUCUCAAUCUCUCAACUAGACAUAUGAUGGCCAUCCUCUAACAGACAAAACCAUCCCCACCGGCAAAGCUUUAGGAGCCCCUCAAGUGUGCUGGCUAUAACAUCACUGUAUUCAAAACCUGCAGUAUGCACACGAGCCAGCAGUUCAAGCGUUUAACAAGAGGGUCGGCCAGGGCAACAGAAGCAGAUCUGAUGUGUUUCCUGUACACGUCCUUGUGCUCACGCUAUUAAAAAUUCUUUUGCACACAAUGUUUAUGAAAAGGUCUCAUCCUUUUCCAACAACACAUAUGCAAAAGCAAAAGAAAAACCCAAGACCUCACUUUAUGCUGUUUGUUGUUUGAUAGAUUUAUUAAAAAGAAAAGAGAAAGUCGAUAGCUAUAAAUCUUUAAAGGAAUAUGAUGAAUACAAUCCCCCCAACCUUCCCUCAAAAGAGAAUCCAGUCUACAGCCAUUUGAAAUGAUCGUUGCUGCUACAGAAGUGCUUUAAGAGAAUUGCCUGGAACAUCUGUAUUAUCCCGGCCACCUGCCAAUCACAGCUUUACUCUUUCAGGUCACUCUGGGGCUGCCUCUUGCAUGUAUUAAUUACUAAAUAGAAGGAUCUUUCUCUCUUUUCUAAGAAAAAUGAUGUGCACUUUGAUUACACAACCUUCUCUAACCCACGAUAUCAAGACCCAGAAACUGAAGAAAAAUCUUGUUUUCUCAUGCAUACAGUGAGCAGACUUUUCAUUCCUCUGGUUCUGUGGUUGUCUCGGUGUGCUAGCCUACACCUCCACCUUGUUUAGCUUUCCUUUUCUAGAACACUCUGAAUUGCUAACCUUACUAACACCUAUGAUGUUACCUGAAUCAAUCUCCCAUAUGUAUGCUGUAUGCUAUUAUAAGACUCCUGAGAUAUACUUACUCUGUGCUUGUGUAUGUGAAUGUUAAUGCAACUAUUACCUAGAGUGAACUUUAAGCUUUAUUGUUGAAUGUAAGCCCAUUAUAUUUCCUUUUGUACACCUGUGGAAAAGUGGAAUAGUGUUUUUUUUAAAACCAUUGUUAAUCAGCUUUUGUGUAUGAAAGACACAGUAAAAUUUCUUUCUUAAAUCAAGAUGCUGGUGAUUCAAGGAAUUUUAUUUAUGGUCAGCCAAGGGCUGUCUCUUGCCAAGAAUCCUGCUGGCAAGGGAAAAUGGAUAAAGCUGGUUUUUUUUUUUCCUAGUAAGAAUUCUGGAAUAAAUACUGAAGAAAGUCCCUGAGGGUAUGCAAGCACAAAAUUGUACCAAUCUGACCUCUUUGAAUUUGCAGACUGCUUUGAAAUGCUAUCCGGAAUAUCAGCUUGUAGAAAGUAAUAAAAUUUACUGUUACCAUAAAUAAGACAUUUUAAGUUUAUUGUGCACAACUUAGAUGUUUGAUUAAUUAUAUUAUCUACUUAAAAGCAUAUAAAAGAGGUAGGAGUCUGUUUUAAAAGGCAUAAAAAAUCUCAAAAAAAAAAAACCUGUCUUGUCUACUUUUAGCUUCAUUCUCCCAUAUUUUGAAGGGUGUGUAACUUCAGCUCUGCAGGAUUGCAUGGGGUAAAACUCGUUGACAGCGCAUGUGAACCAUUGCUACAUUGUAGGUUGUGAUCAUUUUGCCCCACUGAAGCCCAUGUAACUGACCUUACGUGCCUUUUGAACUAGGAGAAUCGGGCUAUAAUUUAUUAAUGAUGAUAAUGAUAAUGUAUAUGUACAGCACUUUUUAACCUUACAAAGUGCUUUCCAAUUCGUGUUAGUUAUUAGUUAUUACAGCUGUAAGGAUAAAACACGUCAUGUGGAUUCAUUUUUAAUUGGUGCUAUUGGUAUUUCCUCUGUUCUUGCUAAUAAAUGGAAAUGGUGGUGUGAAAGCAAUGGUGGUCAUUUCUAAGUAUAAGAGUAGGAGAACACGGGACACUGAUGGUCAUGACCCGUUACUGCUCAAGAGUCUGGCUGUUACCUGGAUCUUGUUUGUCACGGAGGCAAACAAGGGUGGGAUUAAGAGUCACACGUUACAGCCAGGGGAGUGAUGAUCACUUCCUGCUUUGCUAUUUCAAUCUGACAAGAACUACAGUAAAUCGGUUUUUAUGACUAGAGACCCCUUCCUCGGCCAUCCUGUUUAACUAUUUAUUUAGCCCUUGUACCUCUCUACAAUUAGAAAGCCAAGUAAUCACACAAACACAGAUACACCACAGACACUCACUCCAACACACAUGCCCAUACCACACGACCACAUACUUCACACACAUACACACACACUCCACCCACACCCACAUUAUACACCCACACACAUAACACACACACACACACAUAUCCUACACACAUAUACUCACACACGCCUAUAACACACCACAACACAGUUCACACACAUAUACACACCCUUCACACAUAUUACACACACACACACACACACACACACACACACACACACUACACUACACACAUACCCUCCACAUAUAUCCUCCCAUACAUAUACUCACACACACCUACAACACACCCCAUACACACCACACAUAUACUUUACACACACACUACACACAUACACACCCCACACACACCCACACCCACUACACCCCCACCCUCCCCACACACCACCCCUACAAAUUUUCUUUUGUUGAUGACAUAGUACUUAACCUCCACCCUCCUGGAUAGGUUCAUUCCAUGCUACUACAUUUUCUGUUAACAAGUAGAUAGAUUAUCCUUUUGAAGCUUAAAUUUUGAUGAGCAUUGGCUUUAGAUUCGAUAGUUCUCAGUGUGGAACAGUCCUCCUCUCUUCCAAGGUGGGAGGAGAGGGGGCAUCAGUUUAUGUCAGAGAUAUUUUUGUCUUCCUUAAUUGGAAAUGAGAAUGCUGUGGCUUUCAUUGAGACUAAAGACACUGCUCAACACCCCACAGUUCACAGGAGAGGCCCCCCACACACAAGAAACGAACUUUCUAGUUCAAACUGUUAAUAGUAACAAGAGUGGGGAAGCUUGAGAGAGGGAGUGACAAAGUGGAAGGGAGGUGCUGUUAAUAACCCCUCUAUGGUUUCCACAAGGAUGGCAGCAGCUGACUGGGGUGUCAGGACUACCUACGCAUGUAAAUAACAUGAUAUCUCUCUGUAGCUAGC